AUGUCAUAUCACGUCUCUUUCUUUUUUUCUUUCUUUCUUUCUUCAUUCUUUCCUUCUUUCUCCCGUAUAUUUUCUUUCUUUCUUUCUUUUUUUUCUUUCUUUCUUUUUUUUUUCGUUCAUUUUUUCUUUCCAUUUUUUUUUUCUUUCUUUCUUUUUUCUUUCUUAUGCUUUCAAAGUUCAUUCUUUCCUCCUUUCUCCCAUAUAUUUUUUCUUUCUUUCUUUCUUUUCUUUUUUUUUUUUCUUUCUUUCUUAUGCUUUCAAAGUUCAUUCUUUCCAUCUUUCUCCCGUAUAUUUUCUUUCUUUUCUUUCUUUCUUUCUUUCUUUCUUUCUUUCUUUCUUUCUUUUCUUAUGCUUUCAAAGUUCAUUCUUUCCAUCUUUCUCCCAUAUAUUUUCUUUUCUUUCUUUUUUUUCUUUCUUUCUUCUUUUCUUUCUUUCUUUCUUUCUUUUUCUUCAUUCUUUCAAAGUUCAUUCUUUCUCCUUUCUUUCCCUUUAUUUUCUUUCUUUCUUUCUUAUUUUUUUUCUUUCCAUCUUUCUCCCAUAUAUUUUCUUUCUUUCUUUCUUUCUUUCUUUUCUUUCUUUCUUUCUUUCUUAAAAAGUUCAUUCUUUCCAUCUUUCUCCCGUAUAUUUUCUUUCUUUCUUUCUUUCUUUCUUUCUUUCUUUCUUUCUUAUGCUUUCAAAGUUCAUUCUUUCCAUCUUUCUCCCGUAUAUUUUCUUUCUUUCUUUCUUUCUUUCUUUCUUUCUUUCUUUCUUUCUUUCUUAUGCUUUCAAAGUUCAUUCUUUCCAUCUUUUUUCUCCCUUUUUUCUUUCUUUUUUCUUUCUUUCUUUCUUUCUUUCUUUUUUCUUUCUUUCUUUCUUUUUUCCUGCUUUUUCUUUUCAAAGUUCAUUCUUUCCAUCUUUCUCCCUUAUAUUUUUCUUUCUUUCUUUCUUUUCUUUCUUUCUUUCUUUCUUUCUUUCUUUUCAAAGUUCAUUCUUUCCAUCUUUCUUUCCUGUAUUUUUCUUUCUUUCUUUCUUUUCUUUCUUUCUUUCAUUCUUUCUUUCUUUCUUAUUUUUCAAAGUUCAUUCUUUCCAUCUUUCUCCUUUAUUUUCUUUCUUUUUCUUUCUUUCUUUCUUUCUUUCUUUCUUUCUUUCUUAUGCUUUCAAAGUUCAUUCUUUCCAUCUUUCUCCCGUAUAUUUUCUUUCUUUCUUUCUUUCUUUCUUUCUUUCUUUCUUUCUUUCUUUCUUUCUUAUGCUUUCAAAGUUCAUUCUUUCCAUCUUUCUCCCGUAUAUUUUCUUUCUUUCUUUCUUUCUUUCUUUCUUUCUUUCUUUCUUUCUUUCUUUCUUAUGCUUUCAAAGUUCAUUCUUUCCAUCUUUCUCCCGUAUAUUUUCUUUCUUUCUUUUCUUUCUUUCUUUCUUUCUUUCUUUUCUUUCUUUCUUUCUUUUCUUAUGCUUUCAAAGUUCAUUCUUUCCAUCUUUCUCCCGUAUAUUUUCUUUCUUUUUCUUUCUUUCUUUCUUUUCUUUCUUUCUUUUUUUUUUCUUAUUGCUUUCAAAGUUCAUUCUUUCCAUCUUUCUCCCGUAUAUUUUCUUUCUUUCUUUCUUUCUUUUCUUUCUUUUUUCUUUCUUUCUUUCUUUCUUAAGUUUCAAGUUCAUUCUUUCCAUCUUUCUCCCGUAUAUUUUCUUUCUUUCUUUUUUCUUUUUUUCUUUCUUUUUCUUUCUUUCUUUUCUUAUGCUUUCAAAGUUCAUUCUUCCAUCUUUCUCCCGUAUAUUUUUUCUUUUUUCUUUCUUUCUUUCUUUCUUUUUUUUUUUUUCUUUCUUAUGCUUUCAAAGAGUUCCAUCUUUUCCCUAUCCUUUCCCGUAUUCUUUCUUUCUUUCUUUCUUUCUUUCUUUUUUCUUUUUUUUUCUUUCUUAUGCUUUCAAAGUUCAUUCUUUCCAUCUUUCUCCCCUAUAUUUUCUUUCUUUUUCUUUUUCUUUCUUUCUUUCUUUCUUUCUUCUUUCUUUCUUAUGCCUUCAAAGUUCAUUCUUUCCAUCUUUUCUCCCUAUAUUUUCUUUUCUUUUUUUUCUUUUUCUUUCUUUCUUUCUUUCUUUUUCAUUCUUUUCUUAUGCUUUCAAAGUUCAUUCUUUCCAUUUUUUCUCCCGUAUAUUUUCUUUCUCUUUUUUUUUUCUUUCUUUCUUUCUUUCUUUUUUCUUUUUCUUAUGCUUUCAAAGUUCAUUCUUUCCAUCUUUCUCCCCUAUAUUUUUCUUUCUUUCUUUUUUUUCUUUCUUUCUUUCUUUUUUCUUUCUUAUGCUUUUCAAAGUUCAUUCUUUCCAUCUUUCUCCUGUAUAUUUUCUUUCUUUUUUCUUUCUUUCUUUUUUUUUCUUUCUUUCUUUUUCUUUCUUAUGCUUUCAAAGUUCAUUCUUUCCAUCUUUCUCCCUAUCCUUAUUUUUCUUUCUUUCUUUUUCUUUCUUUCUUUCUUUUCUUUCUUUCUUAUGCUUUCAAAGUUCAUUCUUUCCAUCUUUCUCCCGUAUAUUUUUUCUUUCUUUCUUU